AUGUCGGCGACAACGAAAAUCGCAGUGCAUUCUUUGUCGGAUCUGAAAAACACCACCGAUGACGCGCUUCCAAACUACCUCCACUCCCUCAAAUUCAAGCAAAUCCACAAGCAAACCGACGUCCGAUUAGCCAUCGGUUAUACCGCCGUCAUCAUUGCCGGAGCACUCUUCUACUACGACUGGAAGUUUGGCUGGGAGGCCUCGAAGCCAUACACCCUGCCCGCAGUAGUCGCGUACUUCGUCCUUAACACCGCAUUUAGCUACUGGCUAUGGUUUGUGGAGGCGGGCACGGUGUACGAGGGUGAGGCAAGGACGGGGAAGGUCAGGAUAGCUACUUCCACUAAGAAGCACAUCCCUGUGUACGAAGUCGACGUUACCUUUACACCUGCCGGCUCGAGCCAGCCGCAGAAGAUCCACAUUCGCGCCCCGUUCACCCGAUGGUUUACAUCAGACGGCUACUUCAUUGCGAAGCCGUUCCAGCAGUGGCUUGCUUCGGAGGUACCUGUGGUUGGCGCGGCGGACCCGAACAACGUUGUUGAAGAGAUUGGUCGUGGGAGCGAGACUGAGAGGGUGUUGAAUGCUACGGGUAGCCAGAACGCUGUUGACAUUUUGGAGCAGCUGAAGGCUAGCGGAGCCAACGUGUCUACGGGAAGCGGUCGAAGAAGGAAGGCGUGA